AUGAUGCGCUGCGUGCUGCUUGUGUGUGCCCUCUGCGUGUGGUGUGCCGGCGGGUGUGCGGCAGCCGGCGGCGGGGAGGCGGCGGUGGGGGCGGCGCAGACUCAACACACCAGCAACGUUCCGGGGGACCAGGUGCCGAAGAAGAUUGUUUUGGGGAUGCGUUAUUCAGAAUUGAUGAAGAAGGCGGCUCCACAAAUUUCUGCUAAACAGAAUUACACAGAGGAAGGUAUUACUGUGGCCCCCGGUACUCCCGAAGAUGCGGAAAAGGCCAGAAAGCCUACAAGUUCUUGGGCCCAAAGAGGUCUUAAGAGCAAACCCGAGAAAAAGGUGGAAGAAGUCACAGAGGUGAAAAAAUCAGAAGUGGAAGACCAGCGCAGCCAUACAGAGAAUUUAAGUGUGGCGGAGACACAACACACAGAAACGGCUCCCAGAGAGCAGGAACACGUUGCUGAUCGUGUAGCAGCGCCACUGCAAGAAAAAGAAGAAGCACACCACCUCAAGGAAACGAAGCUCAACGAGCAAACUGGUAAGGAAGCCAGCAGUUCCUCAUCAUCCAGCAUCAAACCUGAAGAGGAAGUGAAGUCUCAGCAAGAGGCACCGAAAGCAGAAACUGUCAGUAACACCGACCCGCAUAAGGAUGUGCAGAGUACGGCUCCCCAGCAGCAUUCCAAUAAAGAGAACAACCCUCGUGCUGUUAGUGUCCCUGCAAAGGAUAUUGAAACCUCGUCACCUGUUGCUGCGGAUCCCGCUCCUGCACCUGUGCCCGAAAAGGAGCGUAACACAGCUGCUGUCAGUGAGGCGACAAACAGCAACCCUGCCACCACUGCUGCUGCUCCAGAAGUUGAGAACGUGAAGGACACGAAGAAUGCGGACAGCAGCGUCAGUCCUGUGUGGGUGCAUGCACCGCUGCUUCUGCUGACGUUGUUUGCAGUGACGGCUGUGUGA